UGUAUCUGUUGCUGCAUUUUCUGUGGGAUUGAUGGGAUUUGCAAAGCCAUGGCGACCAAGAGCAGCUGAUUCAAUAGCAACACAUUGGGUACUACAUCCCAUUGCUGAUUCAAUAAACAUAAAUAACCAAGUGUGGGAAAUGUACUUCAGAAAUCUUAUUCCGAGACUAGUGAAGAAAGGAGAUGAUGGCAACUGUGGAUCUACUGCCUUUUGUGACACCAUAUGUUUGCAGGCUGAAGCCCUUGUUCGAAGCAUGUUCGACUGCAGAAUGUAUAACCGAAGUGGUAAAAAGAGUCCCGAAGAUUGAUUUAUACAAUAUGGAAGGGGAAGUUUUGGAUAAUAUCGUAGGACAGGUUGAAUUCAAACAAGUUGAGUCUGCAUACCCUUCAAGGCCAAAGAGCAUAAUUU